AUGAAGAUCUUGAACGAAGCGACUAGGCUGGUACCAAAAAUGCACUUGCCGACUGGAGAGGAUGGCAUUGGACAUGAUGAAUUACAAUACCUCUUCCUCAAUUUUGUAGAAGGACAACCACUUCAUCCAGCUAUCUUGAACGGAGAAGAAUCACCUCAAAUAUUAGCUCAGGUCAUUCAAGACUAUGCCCUUUUCCAAAUUAAGAUCAAGUCCGUACCCUUUGACAGAAUAGGGUCUAUUUACCCCGAUCCACUUAACUCCUCUUCUACAACAGUAGGGCCUCUGAUAGAUCUUUGCUUCUGUUUCGACGACCCGCCUCACUUCCUUGAGUGGGAAGAUGACACCGAUGAAAGGAAGUUCUAUCUUAAACAUGCAGAUGAUAAAGGGGAUCAUAUAUUCGUGGACGACGAAGGUCAUAUCACUGGAAUCAUCGAUUGGGAAUGGGCUUACGUUACUUCCAAAACCGAAGCAUUCUCUCCACCGCUCGCGAUAAUCCUCCCAUCUUCCUUCUGGGAAGGUGACAACACUCUAUCCUCGUUGGAGGAGAUGCUGAUCACAGAGUAUGUCAAUCUUGGUCACUCGGAUUUGGCUAAAUGUGUCCAAGAAGGUAAAUUCUAUCAAAGACUCCACAUCCUACUGGGAUAUCAUCCGGAGCUCAAUCAUCUCAAAGCUCUGAGGGAGAUCGUUACUGGAGAUAAGAUCUUUUUCGCUAAUGACGGAGAAUACAAGGAUUUGUGCCUCACUAGAUAUGGUGAAGAUGAGGGAUACCUUCGUUUGCUCAGAAAUACCAUCGCCUGA